AUGCAAUAUGGCUUAUUGCUGGAGGGGUUCUGCUGCACGAAGAACCAAAGUAUUCUGCAGAGCUUGUGCCUCUGCUGGAGAGACUGUGCCUUUUACCCUUCCCCCUCCUGUAAGAACUGCCGAAAAAUACCGACUUUCCCAGCGAGGUGUGGAGAAGCCCCAUCCUUGUGUGCUUACUCGGUCAAACUGGAUUUGCUCUCAUGGGCUCUUCCCCUUCGUCGGGGGCUGCUUCUCACAGCAGACAGGGAACGCUGUCUGGGUGCGUGUAAACCACGCCUACCUGUUUCUUGGCCUCGGAGGGGAGAAAGUAGUAUUUCCUUUGCAAUCCCCACGAGCAGAGGAACUAUUUGCAUCUCCUUCACGGUUACUGAGAGUUUGGGCACGCCAAGCUGUCCGCUGAAAAGGUGCCCGGCGGACACAGAGGACCUGCUCCUUCACGCUGAGCCGUUGCACUUCCUCCUUACACCGUAUAGGUGGGUAGUAAAACACCUGGGUCCCGAGUUUGUGGAGAGGAUUAUUCUAGCCUUGGAUAAGACCAUCAUAUCUGCCAACUUGCUGUUUGAUGACAAGGACACCAUUAGAGUUGCAGAGCAGAGUCUGAGCUGGGGGCACAUCCUGUUUACUUGCUGCCACAACAGGCACAUCCAGCUAGAGCCACUGUGGAGGUGGCUGCUGUCCUGGGCUGAAAACUGGAAGGCGAUCCUGGAGAGCAAACGCAGGCAGUAAUGCAAAAUGAGGUGCUGUGCUCUUACAGCUAGGAGAACAACCUAGGUCAUCACUGGGCAGGGAAACCCAUCCCCGUGGAGCAGAGCACCAUACCAAUGCAGUACUAGGGGCAGUCUGUUAUAACAGAAAGUGAGCUGCUCUUGUUUGACAUCUUGAGUCCCCCCCCAGUUUUAUGGAAGGUUGCUCUGCAUUCAUUUAAUUUGUCUAGAGCUGUUACUGAAAUUUGCUGUUGAUGAAGAAAAACUAUAAAAGAAAAGAAGCUGGCUUUUGUGUUUUUAAGCUCACUGUGGUGUGUUUUGGGCUGACAAGGGUGGAGGGGGAGGAAGCACAACUCUGAAACUUGUGGGCACACAGUGUUGUCUUUCAGGCAGCACUGUGGUAAAGAGCCAAACCCUUUUAUGUUUUUAGGCAGUUAGCCACCCUGGCUUUUG